AUGGAAACCUUCAGCGUGUCAGUGAACGGCGUGUCCUACACCGUGGCACCUGAACUCUCCACCACCGAUGAUCCCUUUAACGGACCCAUCAAGAACAUCGCGCCCUGGAACUUCACCAUCCUGGCCGUUCUCAUGUUUGUGGUCAGCUCGCUGUCUUUAACCGAAAAUUUCCUGGUCAUGUUUGUCACUUUCAAGUUCAAACAACUGAGGCAGCCCCUGAAUUACAUUAUAGUUAAUCUGGCCAUCGCCGACUUUCUAGUCUCCCUCACCGGCGGAUUAAUAAGUUUCCUGACUAACGCCAGGGGUUAUUUCUUCCUCGGGAAGUGGGCUUGCGUCCUGGAGGGCUUUGCAGUUACUUUUUUCGGGAUCGUGGCCCUCUGGUCCCUGGCUGUCCUGUCCUUUGAAAGGUUCUUUGUGAUCUGCCGGCCCCUGGGUAACAUCCGACUGCAAGCGAAGCACGCGAUCCUGGGUCUUGUGUUUGUUUGGUCCUUCUCCUUCAUCUGGACCUUCCCUCCAGUGCUGGGAUGGAACAGAUACACUGUAAGCAAGAUUGGGACCACCUGUGAGCCCGACUGGUAUUCAACCAACAUCACAGAUCACAGCUACAUCCUUACUUUCUUCGUCACCUGUUUCAUUUUGCCUCUCGGGGUGAUUUUCUUCUGCUAUGGGAAGCUCCUACGGAAGCUCAGGAAGGUAUCACAUGGUCGUCUGGCCACUGCCAGGAAACCAGAGCGCCAAGUGACCCGCAUGGUGGUGGUGAUGAUCGUGGCAUUCAUGGUGGGUUGGACACCAUACGCAAUCUUCUCCAUAUUGGUCACAGCACAUCCAACUAUUGAACUGGAUCCAAGACUGGCUUCUAUCCCAGCCUUCUUCUCCAAGACAGCUGCCGUCUACAAUCCAAUCAUCUAUGUUUUCAUGAACAAACAGUUCAGGAAGUGUCUUAUCCAGCACUUCACCGGCGUGGGGACGAUCCCUGAUAGCAACCUGAAUCAGACCUCUGAUCGACCUGGAAUCACUGCCGAGAGUCACACGGGAGAGAUGUCAGCUAUUGCUGCCCACAUCCCCGUGGGCAGCACCACGUCACCCAGAUCGGACUUCAGAUCUGAUUCUCCAACCGAUUGCGGCUCAUUUGCUCAGCUUCCCAUUCCAGAGAACAAAGUCUGCCCAAUGUAACAAUAGGCUUUACCCCGAUAGGUGUUCUCUUUCCCUGAGCGUGAAUAGACACCCUUCUGUAGAUGCCCCACCCUCACCCUGUGUU